AUGCCGCGUUCAGGAAUCUGCUGUUGGACUUCACGGCUUCUCUUCUCGCUCUCCGCGCAGCUGGUGCUGUCGACAGUGUGGCCGGGGCGCUACCGCAGUCUGGUGGCGCACGUGGUGCGCGACCUGCCCGACCACCUGAGCCACGAUGGAGAGGGGCGCCGCCGCCUGGGGGCAGACUCCCGCACCGCCUACACGUUCACCAUGGGCUUCGUCGUCUGCGGGCACGUCACGGUCGCCUCCUGGUCCCUGCUGCCGCUACUGCUCAAGCCCGUGGAGAAGCUUCGCCUGCCUCUCGUCGCCUGGACGCCGUUCGAUUCCAGCUGCGGCCUAGGAUUUCUGGUGACGUACGUGUACCAGUUUACGUGCACCCUGUUCAUGGCGUGGACGUCUGGAGCGACAGAUCUCAUCUGCGUGAACGUCGUCAUGCAGCUGUGCAGCCACCUGGAGAUCCUGUGCGGUCACCUGCAGCGCGUCGGCGCCCAGUGCUGCGGCGACGCGGGCAGCAGCUGCGGCCACGGGUACCCCGGUAAGAGCGCCGAGAAGCCCACUCCAGAUAAAGACGACCUCCGCGAUCAGCUGCGACGCUGCAUUCGGUACCACCAGGAGAUCAUUAGUGUAUCGUAUACGUUGACUAUCGAGACAAUUGCCAAGUACCUGAGCUACAUGGCGUCGAUACUUCUUCAGAUCUUCUGCUACUGCUGGUUCGGAGACAAUCUAAGUUCAAAGAGCAAUGAGGUGGCGCGGGUCGCCUACAGCUGCGCCUGGACCAGGGGCUCAGCAGGGUUCGGGCGGUCGCUGUGCAUCCUGAUGGCGCGCGCCCAGAGGCCGCUCAUCGUGUCCGGCGGCAGCUUCUACGUCCUCUCCAGGGAAACCUUCAUCAGGAUACUGAAUGCUUCGUACAGCUACUUUGCUGUCCUGUACAGCAUGAGCGAUGAAUGA